AUGAUCUUCUCAAGUCAGCUAACACUACUCCGUACCGCACUACUAUUGUCUGUCGAGAACGCGCCGAUGCCUUUUGAUUUUGAGGGGGCUCUCGAUUCACGAGCCCGCCAAGGUUCAGCAAACCCUCAGCGCGCCCUUGAGGUGAACCCCAGACAAAAGCACACGAAAGUGAGUCAAACAUGCAAUAUUGGGCGAUGCCAGGCUACUCCGUAGUCUCCGCAAUUCCACAGCUCCUCGUUUCGCAACGUUACUACUACUGGAUGCUCUUCAAUAGUUCGCCUUGAGUGUGAUCGAGACCAUAAUGCAGCUACCCCCCAUUUCAUCACACUGACUUGGCCCUCCUCUGCCCUUAUUGAUCGCAGUUGCUCUGACUGGCUCUAACUGGAUCCAGUAUGGAGGGCCAGGAGUUCGUCACCCGCAAGUCAUCUGCAAUUGCCACGAGAUGUAAUGUACACGUCCAAUCGUCGAUAAUAAUGGCCCAGAUCUCGAACUCGACUGUAAUGGCUCCGGAAAUCUGACUGCAAUACAGUCUGCACAGCAUCUCCCAAUUUCGGGCCUGUGAGUGAUGUUUGCCAUGAGAUACUGAGGCAACGAGACACUACUGAAGGCUGAUGACUGACUAUCAGGGCUAAGCCAUCAAGAAAACCAAGUACAAAGCCGCAGGCGCCUCCAAUUUUGGACUAUAUACAAAAGUACCACUGCCUAUGUACAGACAAGAAUUCUCGGCACAAGACCACCUUUGCAAACAGGGGGGGAUGCUAAGACCUGUCAUCCUUUACAGAAAUAAACUAUUGGUCGCAAGCUCUCAGCCAAUGAUUACGUCCUUUUAAAUCGCCCUCGGUCAAGGAGACACAGGCUAUCUCUCCCACACAGGAUCAUGGCGCCUUGACCAGAUUCAUCUGCCAAAAGAAGAAGCCAAUGGGACCCAAGUCAACGACAGAGAUGCGCUGCCUGUAAUUCCGU